UGUAAUGUUAAUGCGGCUUGCCAUACCCGUUUACCCCUUUAAAUUCCUGAAGUUUUAGCAACAGGUUCUCCGGGAUAGAGGGCGGAGAGUUGAACUUCCAGCCCAGUAACAAGAGCUGGUCGUCCAAACGGCGUCUUACCGGAAGAGGAGAGGAGGGGUCAGCCCUUAAUUGGACCAGGACCGAGUGGGAACAGUGGGGGAAAUGUGAUGUUUCUGGGAUGAGAGAGGCGUGUGCGGCUAUAUAGUAAAGGCUGACUUGUUGCUGGCGUGUUUUCGGGACUCUCCAUUGAGGUAAAAGUCAAAGGGAAGUGUCAUGGCUGGGAUACCGACCAGAGGAAUGCGCGGCUCGGACCUAAGAAUGACCACGGUGGCCCGAGCGGCUGCUAUCGCCGCGCAGCUGCAAGAGGAGUGCUCCAUCUUAAUAGAGCACUAUAGAAAAAAAGAGAACUUCCCGCCAGAUGUGUCCGACGGCCCUCUGGUGUCCGUCCCUCCUCCUUCCUCCCAGCUGGACACGAGAGACAAACUCUGGAGACUCCAUUCUGCUUUGGAGCAGUGCCACAGCCUGCUGGAGCGAGCCAUCGCCAAGGAGGAGGAGGAGCUGGGUGGAGAAGAGAAGGGUGAAUACGAGAACAGGAGGAAGACCGUAAAGGAGCGACUGUUGUUUCUUUUGAACCACACCAGGGAGCUCCUCAGGGCUGCUGACGGUUCAUCCAUCUUCACCCCAAGCUUGGAUGGCUCAGAGUUAGAUGAUCCCGCCACUCUGUUCCAGCUGAAGUGGUGGGUGUAUCGGAUCUUCAUGGAGGUGAAGUACUGGAGCCAGACGGCCAUCGCAGUCUUGCAGGAGCUGCAGUCUGACACUGCCAAGACACCAUCGAAGCUGAGUAAAAGAAGCGCUCGGAGAUGAGACAGGAGACGUGAUGAGGGUGUUUUGGUGACGAAGAAUAAUCUGUGCGCAAAGGCUUGGUGCAUUAGAGCAGGACCAUGGAAAGAAUAGGCUGACAUGAACAGGGAAAGGGUAAAAAUCAACUGGAAGAGGCAUGGAUCAAUGGUGAAAGAAGAAAAAAGUAUUGGUUACUUUUUGAUUUCUGGACACCUAAAAGAAAAAAACAGAACAAAACUCAUUACCUCAAACUUAAUACAUCUAUUUAUUUAUUGUUUAUCAUAUGUAGCAAGUAUCCAGAAAGGCAUAAAUACAGUUUUUUUUUCUUUCUGAAAAGAAUGGAUUAACUUUCAGUUCCUUUCUUGUUAAAUUUGUAUCCUUCCAUUAGACACUCCUGUAUUUAUUACUAGGGAGUUCGUCCUGGGAUUCACUGAAGCCAACAGGCAGUUGGCAAGAUUUCUUGAAGAUUUAUGAGUGUUUAAAGUUACGAUGUCUUGCAAAAGUAGUCGUACUAUUUUCAUUCCAGUGUAUUUCAUUAGGAUUUCGUGUGAUAGAGCGACGCACAGUAGUGCGCAAGUCUGAAACUGACAAAGGUAUUCAGAAGAGACGGGACCAAAAAUUAUUUGAUCUACAUGCAAAAUACUAUGACAGAAAAUAAAACUUUCACAUCACCCA